AUGGAGAACCACCCUCCCUCGCCGCAACCAUGCUCAACCAACCCUCCUGUUGAGAGUUCCUUCAGUUUCACACCUAUCAAAGCUCUGAGCGCCUUGCCGCGACUGUGGGAUCGCAAACCUUCGACGCCUGUGCGGGCUGGAGACAAGACAAGAAAGCUGUGGAAGCGAAUUCGCUUUCCGUUUACCGGCAUGAGUGCCGCGACAGGAGGUCAGGCCUCGGGAAUUGGCGCCUCUAAAAACUCGGAUUAUCAGCGCGGCGUGAAGCGCCAGUGUGUUGACCCCGCCGAGGCAGACCAGGAGACCGAAGCUGAGCAACGUGGUCGGUCUUUCCUCGAGACUAAAUGGGAGAUGCAGGCGUCCCGGAAACGACGCAAAAUGCCCGAAUUCAAUUUCAACAUACACGAAGAUGUCCCCCAAGAGGUUUUUGGUUUCACUUCGAACCAGCCCGAGGGCAACCGCAAAGAUGCUGGCGACGUAGCUACGAAUGUGUCACCCCAGCCAUUUAGCGAUAUGCGAGAGACCUCGACGAUGCCGGUCUGCAAUGACACUAUGGCGACAGACUCAUAUCACACAACAUCCGACGCAAAGGUAGCACAGGACCUACAGUCUGGACCAUCCAGCCAAGACGCGCCAGCUGUGAUCGACAAUGCAGGAGAAGACAAGACCACUGUCGUGUCCCCCACUGAGUCUGUACAAGACCUGACACAAGAGCAGAAGCUGGUCCGAUCGGCACUGCGAAGUUCCUUAGAUGGAGAGGAUGCAGAGCUGCUCAAUGACUUCCUGUCGAGGGCGAAUGCGAAGCGGGCCGCCAAGGCCACACAUCCCCAGGAUGUGAAACCAACGGAGACGUCUUCCAGCCCAGAAGAGUCGCCAGAAAUUCAAUGCCCAACACCGCCAUCGCGCCGCGUGUUAGAGGAACUUACAACCAAUUCACCUUCACCUGUGAAGCUGCAAAUCUCUCCUAGUAAAUAUGACAUCAAGCGUGGCGCCGAUGGUGCCGAUGAUCAGGAGGAUAUCAUUCCCAAAGAAAUCCGGGAAGAACAAGCUCCUUCAAGCCCUGCAUAUCGUCGAAGCACUCGUGCCAAAGGCUCGAGCACCCCUAACAUGCGCAACACUAUCUCACUUCGCCGAGCCAAAGGCACAGAGUUCGUCUUCUUACAGCGAACUGAAACCCAGCAAGUGGCUAUGGCCACCAAGCGCAACACUCGGCUCAACAGAGGCAAGUCUGUAACUCCCACGGUCGUCCUGGAAGCUAUGGCUCAGCAAUCCCGCGAGGAAGAGCUUCAGCCGGUCAACUCCCAGAAUGAGGGUCCGAAUCACAAGGACACUAACUUCCGUGAGCUGACCAAACCGCGAAAGCAAGUGUCAUGGAAUGAGGAGCGCAUGGCCGAGUAUGAAGAAUAUAGGGAACCACUUUACAUCCAGGAAGGUGAAGAGGAGGAUGACCGAUGCACAAAUGACGUGGGCGCAACGCCUCGUCCGCGACCAGAAAGCAAGCGUCCGGCGAAGAAAGCAGAGUCUGGCCAUCGCAGCAGCCGUAGCCAAACACAAAAGGCAAACGAAAGGGCAGAUAGCGGGGCCACCGAGAGCGGUUUAACUGCUCCGACUACUGCACCUACUACUGUAACCCCGCGCUCACGCCGGGUGAGGCGUUUGGGCGACUCGGGCAUCUUAGGGUCUGGCACUCCAGUCAAGACUGGAAGCCGCAGCACAAGCAAGCCUCCUGCAGCCUCGGACGCCAUGGCUGCUGCCCCCUCCACACCUACCAAGGGCCGCCGCAAGCUUACUCCCAAAUCGCCCAUCUCAUCCAAGCUUCCCGCACGAGCCUCCAAGAGUGCCAAUAACACCGCGGAUCAGCCUUUCGUCAGUGGGAUCCCCACUCGCAGCUCAAAAAGCACAGAUGAUGGGGAGCGACAGAGUAUGCUUCAGAUGAGCGCAGGGUGCACGCCCACGGCUCGGCGCGUUCGGUCUAGAUCUUGA